UUGACGACCCUUUUCUUCCAUUAGCUGUGAAAAUUAUACCAGCGCUGCCCAUAAUCGCCUUCCCAAACACACCGUCUCCGAGUAUAAAGAUCGUCCAGCAGGAGCGGCAGAGCACACAGCGAAUUCAGCGAGCGACCCGUGCAGCCAUCGCCUCCGUCUCCUCAAAUCUUUGGCCAGCAUUUUUGUCAGGGCAACAAUGGCCGACGAAGUUCAGGCGCUCACCAAGGCCUUCUCAGGUCUGGGAGGCCUGGGCGUGGACGAGCCGACGAUGGUGGCGGCGCUGGCGAACUGGCGGAGGCAGCCGGAGAAGCGGUCCGGGUUCCGGAGGAGCUUCCCGGGGCUGUUCAAGGAGCAGGGCGUGAUCGAGCGGUGCGAGGACGAGUACAUGCUGCGCCUGGCCGCCGAGUUCUCCCGCUUCAAGAACCUCAUGGUGCUGUGGGCGAUGCACCCGUGGGAGCGCGACGCCCGCCUCGCGCACCACGUCCUCCACCAGGCCCACCCGGCCGCCAUCCUCGUGGAGGUCGCCUGCACCCGCUCCGCCGAGGAGCUCCUCGGCGCGCGCAAGGCCUACAUGGCGCUCUUCCACCACUCCCUCGAGGAGGACGUCGCCUACCGCGCCAAGGACAAGCCCUACUGCAGCCUGCUGGUGGGGCUGGUGAGCGCGUACCGGUACGAAGGGCCCAAGGUGAGCGACGACACGGCCAAGGCGGAGGCCAAGGCGCUGGGCGCGGCGGUGAAGGGCGCCGCCGGCGGCAGGCUGGUGGAGAACGAGGAGGUGGUCAGGAUCCUCACCACCAGGAGCAAGCCGCACCUCGUCCAGACCUUCAAGUACUACAAGGAGCUGCACGGCAAGCACAUCCAGGAGGAUCUGGGAAGCGAGGAGGCUCUGAGGGAGGCCGUGCGGUGCCUGGCGACGCCGGAGAGGUACUUCAGCCAGGUGAUGGCGGCGGCGCUGAGGGAGGGCGCGGACCACCACGGCAAGGAGGCCCUGGCGCGGGUGGCGGUGACGCGGUCGGACGUGGACAUGGACGCCAUCCGGGCGGCCUACCAGGAGCAGUUCGGGGCCAAGCUCGAGGACGCCGUCGCCGGCAGCGCGCACGGCCACUUCAAGGACGCGCUCGUCUCCCUCAUCGUCGGCAAGUAAACCAUACGAUACAACAUUAUUACGGACGCGGAGGGCGGUGGCGAUGGCGCGCCGGCCGAGCGUGUGUUUUUCUUCCUGGUUAUCUCAUUUCGCGUGUGUGUUUGUAUGUUGAUGAAUCGUUGUCGAGCGGGGCGUGUAAGGGUGCUUAGGCCUUGUACAAUGACAAAUGCUUAGAGGGGUUUUUAGAAAAAUAAACCGAGAUUUUUUGAAGCACCGGUGCCUAUUUUUACAGGAGAGACGCUUAGUUAAGCGUUAGAGAAACGCUUAGUUAAGCGUUUAUCCUGUACAAAUAAGCACCGAUGUUUAAGAAAAGUCUGAUUUAUUUUUGUAAGCACCUUCCCUAAGCAUCUCUCAUUGUACAAGGCCUUAGAGAGAUGUUUAAAAAAUAAAUUGGGUUUUUCUGAAGCAUCGGUGCCUAAUUCUAUGGAAAAGACGCUUAAACGCUUAAUUAAACAUCUAUUCUGUACAAAUAAUCACCGGUGCUUAAGAAACAUCCGGUUUAUUUGUCUAAGUACUUUUUCUAAGCAUCUUCCAUUGUAAAAGACCUAACAUUUGCAGCUGAGGUCGUGUAAUACGGCUGAUCGGGGAUCAAAUAAAGUUAAGCAUUUGGAUC